AUGACGACAGCACAAGACGAAUACAACGAGCUCUUCCGCGACAAGUCUCGUCGCACCCAACACCCCGAAGACGACAACGACUCGAUUCCCUCAGAAAACGACGACCUCUUGUCCGACUUUGACGACGAACCUUCAGCUCUCCCCAACCUCCCCUCUAGAGAUCACGUUCCGCGAAACAAGUCAUACUCCAACACAGGUCCUAAGGGUGUCAUCGCAGAUGCGCAAGCAUUUGAAGCUGCGCGACGAGAGCGCAACUCAUCGCCAAAAGCUGGAACACAAAACUACGAGUACGCUCCAAACGUGGCACAGCUGAGUCUGGAUGGAAGAAGCAAGGGCAGCCAAAGCGGAAGCGACAUCGAGAGUGAAGACGAGUUCAUGGCCGAGUGGAGACAAAAGAGGCUUAACCAGCUAUCAGCAAAUGGCCGCCAGGCCAGCAACAGCAUCGGCCAGCCACGCAGCCGCGCUACUUAUGGUGGUCUUGUCUCAGUCGACGGCGAGGGCUUCCUGGAUGCUGUGGAUCGCAGUCCUUCGAACACUGUCGUUAUCGUCUUUAUCUACGACGACUCAUCAGAGGUCAGCUAUAUGGUCGAGGAUUGCAUGCGUCAACUAGCUCGCAAGCACAAAACUACUCGCUUUGUCAAGCUGCACUACCUUGAUGCUGAGAUGGAGCCUGCCGGUGUGCCUGCUGUUCUGGCGUACCGCGGCGGCGACAAGUUUGCAGGUCUCGUGCCUGUUGUCGACGAGAUUCCUGAUGAUGCUGAACUCAGUGCCAUCAGCCUUGAGCACCUUUUCCAGAAACACCAGAUUUUGUAA